AUGGCAGACGAAAAGAUGCCGCUGGAACCUCCUCCAGCAUACGAUGAGACCUCCCAGAAAUCAGCAUCACCAGCGCCCCCACGGCCGCAAGGAGGCCCCAGAAUGCCGCUACCCCUAGACCUCCCAGCAUUGAAUAUGAUCCGGGGCAAGAGAGUCAUCCUGGCAUCAGCGUCACCCCGACGGAGACAGCUACUCGCUCAGAUUGGCUUGACGAGUCUCGAAAUCAUCCCAUCCACCGCUCCCGAAGACAAGGACAAGAACCUGCCACCUUUCGCGUAUGUCCUGGAGACGGCGGAGCAGAAAGCGAGGAAUGUCUACGAAGCUACGAUCAACGACAAGCAAGGCGAACCUGCGUUGGUGAUUGCGGCGGAUACGGUGGUGAGCUCGCAUUUUGGGCAGAUUCUGGAGAAGCCGAAGAAUGAGAGGGAGCAUUUUGCGACGUUGAAGAUGUUGAGGGAUCAGAACAAUGGCUGGCACAAGGUCUACACCGCUGUGGUGUGUAUGGCGCCGCUGGAGAGUCUCAUGAAUCCUGGCUACGCGAUGGAGACGCAUGUGGAAGAGACGCUGGUCAAGUUUGAUGAAGACGUCACAGAUGAUCUGAUCAUGUCGUAUGUGCGGACGAGAGAGGGGGCAGAUAAAGCUGGUGGAUAUGGUAUUCAAGGAUUGGGCAGCAUUCUGGUGGAGAAGAUCAAUGGCACGUUUGACAAUGUGGUUGGUUUGCCGCUGAGGGCCACACUGCAGCUGAUUGAGAAGGUCAUUACGGAGCCGGGUGUGCCAAAUGAAGUGGAGAAUGCGCUGUAG